AUGUUUUCAAGGGCUCCUUCGUUCGCGUCUCUCGGAUCAAUACACCAAAGGCACGGUUCUCUAUCAGGAGGAGAGGCAGCGGCAGAGGCAAGAGCAGAGGCAGAGGCAGAGGCAACAGCAGAGGGAAAAGCAGAGGGAAAAGCAGAGGAAAAGCAGAGACAACAGCAGAGGCAGCGCAGAGGCAGCGGCAGAGGCAACAGCAGAGGCAGAGGAAAACAGAGACAACAGCAGAGGCAGCGGCAGAGGCAAGCAGAGGCAGAGGCAGAGGGAAAAGCAGGGACAACAGCAGUGGCAGCGGCAGAGGCAACAGCAGAGGCAGCGGCAGAGGGAAAAACAGAGGCAGCGGUAGAGGCAAGAGCAGAGGGAAAGAGGGAAGCAGAGGCAGCAGCAGAGGCAGCGGUAGAGGAAAAGCAGGGACAACAGCAGAGGCAGCGGCAGAGGCAACAGCAGAGGGAAAAGCAGAGGGAAAAGCAGAGGGAAAAGCAGAGGCAGCAGCAGAGGCAAGAGCAGAGGGAAAAGCAGAGGCAAGAGCAGGCAGUGGCAGAGGGAAAAGCAGGGACAACAGCAGAGGCAGCGGCAGAGGCAACAGCAGAGGCAAGAGCAGAGGGAAAAGCAGAGGCAAGCAGAGAAGCAGAGGCAAGAGCAAGCAGUGGCAGAGGGAAAAGCAGGGACAACAGCAGAGACAACAGCAGAGGCAACAGCAGAGGCAGCGGUAGAGGGAAAAGCAGAGGCAAGAGCAGAGGCAGUGACAGAGGGAAAAGCAGAGGCAACAGCAGAGCAGCGGCAGAGGCAAAGCAGAGGGAAAAGCAGAGGAAAAGCAGAGCAACAGCAGAGGCACCGGCAGAGGCAACAGCAGUGGGAAAAACAGAGGCAGCGGCAGAGACAACAGCAUAG